GGAGGUUGUCAAGUAGACAAUGCUUCCAAGAAAGUUGCUAGAGAUUAAUUUGGACAUAAAAAUGAUAUCACCUCCAUGGAUGUCUCAAGUUGUAGAAAGCUUGCCACCACCAGACAGAAUGGGUCUAAAUCAGUUGUUUUAGUCUGGGACUCCUCUAGUGGAGAAAAGAAAGCUAGGUUCAAGCUUAAGAAGGGAGGAAGAGAGAUCACAUCCAUUGCUAUCUGUCCACAAGGAAAAAUGGUAUCCAUGACUUACAACAGCAAUGACCACAACUUGUCUAAGAAGGUUGCUGGUGAUAAGACCAGUCCAGACCGUAUCUAUCAUAUCUCUUGGUCCAAGAAAGAAGGUGAGGCAGUGAUUGCUACUGCAGGUUGCAAGCAUAUUGCUCACUGGGAUCUUGACAACAAAUUCAAAAAGAAGAAGGGAGUCCAUGGUAGUGCUGGUAAACCAACUUCCCAUUGUGCUGUCACUAGGGAUGACCAAGGUAACUGCUACACUGGAGGUGCCAACUCCAGGAUCUACCACUGAGAGUUCGAAUCAUGCUUCCAACUCCAGAAGACUUAUGAUGUCCACGGAGCUAAAGAUGGAAACGUUGUCAUCUCAAAUCUAGAAACAGGAGAAGCUGAGAGAACAAUUGAUGUAGGAUGCUUGGUGAGAUCUGUGUACAUGGAUGGAUCAAACAUCAUUGCUGGGCUUAGAAAAGGAAACAUCAUUGAAAUUAACUCUGGAGGCAAAAUCACUGAGAUCAUGAACUCUCAUAGUGAUGGUGAAGCUUGGGGACUUGAUAUUGAUUCUUCAGGUACCAUAGUAACAUCAGGAGAUUACAAUCAUCUCUACUCUUGGAGCAUCAAAGACAGAAAGAGCACUAGCCAUGGCGAAAUUUAUGAUGAAUAUGAUGGACCUAAGAAGAAUGGAGCUAGCUCAUUGACUUCAUAUGCUGCAAGCAAGUGCGCCAGAGCUGUUGCCAUCAACUCUACAGGAAACGGAGAUUUUGAGAUGUUUAGAUAUUGUAUGUCUGUAUUAAUCAUGUUUAAGUGUCCGGUGUUGUCUAGACAAAUCUCGAUACAAUGAAUGAAUCUCCAUAGCAAUGAUGAAACUCAAUAUAAUUUUACUGGCUCCUGUUAGUCAUUUUUGUAUCUUAAAACAUCUAAAUAAUCUUCAUGGUCUCAUAUUCAUCAUUAAGAAACUCUAAUUGUGCAUAAAAACUGAUGCCCAACUCCCAAUGAUAAGACUAUUUCCCGCUUAUUUAUUGAGUUCAGAAAGUUUAAGAACACCCAACUAUGAAGACACUUUUUGGGUACCUAAUUCAACCAAGAUCUCUGUGUCAAAAUGAUUUUCAGUUUUACUUUAGAUUGGAGAUAAAAAUAUGAAGAGCUUUAGAUUCAUUAAUAAUUGUUUUAAAAGUAGACAAGUUGCUGUAAAUCAAAAUGACCGAAGAGUAAUCAUCAGA